GUCAGGAGCUCUUGUGCCCGGGAUGGAUUUUGCCACCCUGGGGGGGCAGGAGAUGACGCCCCAUUUCCUGGAGCCCCUCCUGCCGCCGGCCGAUGAAUCUGCAGUCUUCUUCCACGGAGCCGAGGGCGGGGACCCCGGCGCGCUCGCUACCUACUUCUCCCGGACACCGGAGUCCUACCGCAAUCCGACAGCGCGCCCAGUGUACCCUCUCCUCAACGGGCUGCAGUGGGUGGACGGGCACCCCUACGCCACGGCCGGCUGGACCCCCGUCUCCUAUGGCAAGCCCCAGGCCGGGGUCCCCCUCUACCCGGCUCCCCCCUCCUCUUCCUACAGCCCCCCCUCACCCAAGGAGCAGCCCCCCGAGGACAAGGGCAGCCCCAAGUUCCUGGAGAUGCUGAAGACGGAGCCAAUGAGCCCCCCCACUGCCGAGCUGCUGACGUUGGGGUCCCCCGUCGGGGCCCCCCACCCCGCCUACACCGGGACCCCGGAGCUCGGGUUCUACCAGCCCAGCGGGAGCCCCCUGGUGGCUGGGUACUCCCCCAAACUCAGGGGGCCGCUGCAGCUGUCCCCGUGCGAGGCGCGGGAGUGUGUGAACUGUGGGGCCACAGCCACACCCCUGUGGCGCCGGGACGGCACCGGGCACUACCUGUGUAACGCCUGCGGGCUGUACCACAAGAUGAACGGGCAGAACCGGCCCCUCAUCCGGCCCAAGAAACGCUUGAUCGUCAGCAAACGAGCGGGCACCCAGUGCAGCAACUGCCAGACGAGCACCACCACCCUGUGGCGACGCAAUGCCGGCGGGGAGCCCGUCUGCAACGCCUGCGGCCUCUACUACAAACUGCACAAUGUGAAUCGCCCCCUGACGAUGCGGAAAGACGGCAUCCAGACCCGCAACCGCAAAGUCUCCGGCAAGGGCAAGAAACGCCGGGGGGUGGGUCCGGGCGAGGGGGGGGCUGGGCUCCCCGCCCCGCUCGAACUGCUCUCCCCCCUGGCCGAGGACCCCGGCUCCCUCUAUGCCCUGAGCCCCAUGGUCCUGUCCAGCCACCUGCUCCCCUACUCCCCCUCCACCCACCACCUCCUCGGCCCCUCCCCAGCCGCCUACCAUCCCCCCCACGCCUCCCCGGGGGCAGGCGCCUCGCUGGGGUGAUAGGUGGCCCCUCGCAGAAGGAGGCAGAGCUGGAACAAGGGGGAAGCCGGGGAGACAUUGGGGUACAGCUGUUUGGGGGGGUCGCCCCCCCAGCCACGGAGUUGGGGAAUGGGCUGGAGGGGGCAGAGUGUUGGGGUACAGGGGGAGUCUCACCUCAGCAACCGCAAGGAUUGGGGGGUCUCUCCUUAGAAAUGGGCCCACCCCCACACAGGCCUCCCUGAGUCCAUCCCCCUACCAUUUGUCCAUCCCUACACCACCCCAUCCAUUUCCCCCCCCAUACCCUUCCGUCUGUCCAUGCCUCCCCCAUCCGUCCAUCUGUCCCUCCCUCCAUCCACCCGGCUGCUUUCGAAGGAAAGACCCUCUCAUUUCUACCCUCCCCUGUGCCUGGAUUUCCCCUUCAGCCCCCCCGAAUCCUCACACUGGGAGCUUCCCCCCAUUCUUCCUCCUACACCCUCUCAACCCUUCACCCCUUGUGUCCCCCCAAUGAACCCAUCUCCCCCAUGAUCCAGCACUAGCUGUGAUAGGACCCCCCCCUUUUUACUCACCCUUCUGGCACCCUGAUAUAUUGUGGGUUAAAAAAUAUAUUAUAUGGAAACCACAUUUUAAAAUAUAUUCUAUAUUUCUUGUAAUGA